UUCGUGCCUCGUGGAUCGGCGCUUCGAACGGGAAGAAUCUCUGAACUACAAAUCCGGAGUGCGAACAUUUUCGGGGUUACGUUGUUUUUUUAAGCGCCAAAACAUGGCGUUCGUUUCGAGUGUGUUAGUGAUGAAAAUUCUCGGCACAAUUCUAGUCAUUUUCGCCGGUUUUCAUGUUUUCUUCAAAUACUUUUUGUACAAUUAUUGGAAAAAGAGAGGCGUGGUUUACGUCGAAUCAGCUGCGCCCGCCGGAAUUUUUUGGCCCGUCGUUAUGGGCAAAACUUGUAUAGGAGAAUUGUACGCCGACCUGUACACGCAGCAAAAAAAUAAUCGUUAUUUCGGAACUUACGCAUUCUACAAACCAAGUCUCGUGGUUUCUGAUCCCGACUUAAUAAGACAAGUACUCACGAAAAAUUUCAAUCAUUUUCACGAUCGUGGUUUGUACUGUAACGAAAAAGUCGAUCCGCUUUCCGGCCAUUUGUUUCUUUUGGGUGGAACAAAAUGGCGGAAUUUACGUGUCAAGCUCACACCGACCUUCACGUCUGGAAAGAUGAAACAAAUGUUUACGACUGUCGUCGAAACCGGCGAGAAAUUGUCCGACUACUUGAAGCCUCUAGCGGCGAAGCGAGAGGUCGUUGAGGUUAAAGAUGUUUACGCCAGAUUCGGCACAGACGUCAUAAUGUCGAUCGCGUUCGGCGUGAACUCGAACAGCCUGAAAACACCCAACAGCGAAAUUCGAUUCUGGGGCCAAAAAGUUUUCGAGCCGCAACCGUUUUGGAACACGAUAAGCCUUUUCGCACCGAAAGUCAUGGAUUUUUUUUCCAUUCCUUUUACCGAUCGAGGUGUCAUUAAAUUCUUUCUCAAAACAUUCACGGAGACAAUCGAAUAUCGAGAAGCCAAUAAUGUCGUCAGACCUGAUUUCAUGAACUUAAUUAUGCAGUUGAUGAACAGAGGGUACGUCGAUCCUGACGCCGACGACGACGCCUCAAAUACCGUUGAACGUUCUUACGAGAAAAUAACAACCACUGAAGGAGUGGCUCAAGCCUAUGUCUUCUUUCUGGCCGGAUUCGAAACAACCUCAACGACUAUAACUUACUGUCUCUACGAAUUGGCUAUCAAUCAGGACAUCCAAGACAAAGUGAUGAAGGACAUCGACAUUGCACUUGAAAAAUUCGGUGGCAUUACUUACGAAAGCAUUUUGUCGAUGACUUACCUCCACAAAGCAGUUUCCGAGACCAUGAGAAAAUAUCCACCGGUACCGAUGUUGAAUCGAGUUUGCACAAAGGAUAUUGACCUUCCGACGACCAGUCUUCACAUCAGCAAAGGGGUUGACGUCGUUAUUCCGGUGCUGGGUCUCCACAGAGACCCUGAAAUAUAUCCAGACCCGAAUAAAUUCGAUCCCGAGCGUUUUAAUGAAGAAAACAUAGCCUCGAGGCACCCGUACACGUAUCUGCCUUUUGGGGAGGGUCCGAGGAUCUGCAUUGGGAUGAGAUUCGGUUACGCGCAAACUAAAGUUGGCCUCAUCUGUACUUUGUCCAAGUAUCGUGUCAGACUGGCUCCGAACACGCCGGUGCCUUUGGAAUUCGAUCCUGGCGUUCCCGUUCUCACCGCUAGGGGGGGAAUCGAGCUCAUUAUCGAGCCGCGAUAAGAACAAAAUCUUCACUUCGAAACACUAUUUUAUAUUAACCGAAUAUCAAGACCCUUGUGAUUUAUCUUCCAGUUUAAUGUGCUAUUGUAUUAUUUCUAGAUAUAUAACGCACUUGAUAUUUAUUUUAUCUGAAAAAAUGAUGGAUGAAUUUUAUUAAUUGAA